CGCGCAAGGCGGAAGUAUUUGACGGCUUCCGUCAUAAAGCAAGAUGGCGACGCAUGAUGAGAAAAGCAAGAAAACAACGAAACCAGGUACAAAAAAUGGGCAGCCGCUGGUCAUUGCCAAAACCCCUGCCGAAGAACAACGCCUUAAGUUGGAGAGGUUGAUGCGAAACCCCGAUAAACCCGCUGCAAUCCCGGACCGACACAAAGAAUGGAACCCUCGGGCUCCGCCCGAGUUCGUCCGAGACGUGAUGGGCUCCAGCGCUGGUGCGGGCAGCGGUGAAUUCCACGUUUAUCGCCACCUCCGACGCCGAGAGUACCAGAGACAAGACUUUCUGGAAAAGAUGUCGGCGAAGCAAAGCAAGGAGCAGGCCUACCUGGACAAAGUGGUACAAAACCAACGGGAAUCCGAAGAGAGGACGGCAAAGCGUAGGAAAAAGCGAGAAAAACUGAAGCAGAAAAAGCUCGUGGCGAAGAAAGCUAAACAAGAUCAAAAUGACGGAGAUGCGACAAGCAGUCCUGAUAGCAGUCAAGACGAAAAGGAGAAAGAAAAGCAGGACGAGGAGGCGGAAAAAGAGGCUGAAGACGACGCUGAGCUCCCGAGCUUCAUCAUGGGGAAGAAGUAGUCCAUUGUGCGAUGGCCUGGACACUCUUUUGAAACAUUCUUGCCCUCUUUUGGACAAACGAAGGAGAAAUGUGGAUCAUUGGAAGAACAUGACAUUUUACAUCAAGUUUUGAUGAUGCGACCUGAUUGAACUCUCCACAAGUACGCCAGUAUGCUUGAGUCAAGAAAUGUGUUAUUUGGACUCUUAAAUCGAGGCAGAUUCUCUACUUUACCCUCAUUUUGUAAAUGAUUUAAUAAACACAAAUAAUGAUGACAGGUGCUGGUUUCGUUCAAAUGGAAAGCCAUUUAUUCAAUGUUCUUGUAUGCUUUUUGUCCUCAUUGCUCCUACAAUUAUAGCACAAGGAGUGUUCAGAUGCCGAGUGAAUGUUCAAAUAAAUUCCCACAUUCCCCAUUGCUUUUAGUCAUGUUUGAUCCUAUUGUGACAUUUCUGCAGCCUUUUAAUGUUGCUCCUUGCACAUGUCAGUUGCUUGUGGACACAACAAGGUUGCAAAAAUCAAUUCAAAGAAUGAAAAGGCGUUACUUCUGGAGGCUUAGAAGCAUCACGUGCGAUGUUCUUUGGAUAAAACCCCUGCUUACCACGGCGGUGAUGAGCUGUCUGUGCACAUUACCUUUCUUGAGGCAGGUAGAGCAAAAGGUUGGCCACCGGAUAUUGUCUCAAUUGGGUGAAGCGCUUCCCAUUGGACACGGCUGGCCGCCACAAA